CGGACCCCGCCCACCCCAGGCCGGGUUUGGGCACAGGACCUUUGAGCUCGUUGAGCGCUCUCCCGGACCACCAUGGGCUCAGAGAUGGAGCCACUGUUCCGGGCCUGGAGCUAUUUUAGACGCAGGAAGUUCCAGCUCUGCGCCGAUCUAUGCACGCAGAUGCUGGAGAAGUCCCCUUAUGACCAGGCGGCUUGGAUUUUGAAAGCACGAGCGCUGACAGAAAUGGUGUACAUAGAUGAAAUUGACGUGGACCAGGAAGGGAUUGCUGAGAUGACCCUGGAUGAAAAUGCUAUUGCUCAGGUCCCACGCCCUGGCACAUCUUUGAAGCUCCCUGGCACUAACCAGACAGGAGGACCGACUCAAGCUGUCAGGCCAAUCACUCAAGCUGGAAGACCCAUAACGGGCUUCCUUAGGCCCAGCACACAGAGUGGAAGACCGGGUACAAUGGAGCAGGCCAUCAGAACACCCAGAACGGCCUACACAGCACGACCUAUCACCAGCUCAUCUGGAAGAUUCGUCAGACUGGGGACUGCUUCCAUGCUCACAAGUCCCGAUGGACCAUUUAUAAAUUUAUCCAGACUGAAUUUAACAAAAUAUUCCCAGAAACCUAAGUUGGCAAAGGCUUUAUUUGAAUAUAUUUUCCACCAUGAAAACGAUGUUAAGAUGGCUUUGGACUUGGCAUCCCUUUCCACGGAGUAUUCUCAGUACAAGGACUGGUGGUGGAAGGUACAGAUUGGAAAAUGUUACUACAGGUUAGGAAUGUACCGUGAAGCAGAGAAACAGUUCAAAUCAGCCCUGAAGCAGCAGGAAAUGGUAGAUACAUUUCUCUAUCUGGCAAAAGUUUAUAUCAUAUUGGAUCAACCUGUGACUGCUUUAAAUCUAUUCAAACAAGGCUUAGAUAAGUUUCCAGGAGAGGUGACCCUGCUUUGUGGAAUUGCCAGGAUCUACGAGGAAAUGAACAACAGUUCGUCCGCAGCAGAAUACUACAAAGAGGUUCUCAAACAAGACAAUACUCACGUGGAAGCCAUUGCCUGCAUUGGAAGCAACCACUUUUAUUCUGACCAGCCAGAGGUUGCCCUCCGGUUUUACAGGCGCCUCCUGCAGAUGGGAGUUUACAACUGCCAGCUUUUCAACAACCUGGGGCUCUGCUGCUUCUACGCCCAGCAGUACGACAUGACUCUGACCUCAUUCGAGCGUGCCCUUUCCCUGGCCGAAAACGAGGAAGAGGCCGCUGACGUCUGGUACAACCUGGGGCACAUUGCAGUGGGAAUAGGAGAUACAAACCUGGCCCACCAGUGCUUCAGGCUGGCCCUGGUCCACAACAACCACCAUGCUGAGGCCUACAACAACCUAGCCGUGCUGGAGAUGCGGAAGGGUCACAUUGAACAGGCACGCGCACUCUUACAAACCGCAUCGUCCUUGGCACCCCAUAUGUAUGAACCACAUUUUAAUUUCGCAACCGUCUCUGAUAAGAUUGGAGAUCUUCAGAGAAGCUACGUCGCUGCUCAGAAGUCUGAAGCCGCAUUUCCCGAGCACGUGGACACUCAGCACUUAAUUAAGCAGCUAAAGCAGCACUUCGCUAUGCUCUGACCAGGCCUCGGACCAACUGCGUCCUCAGGAAGGGCCAGCCACAGGGGAGAAAACGCGCUGAGUGCGUUUGUGUCCGUAGUGUGACGCAGACUCAGAAGGCGUCCUGCAAGGCCUAAGGACUUUGCUGUUUUAUAAGGUACAACAACACUAAGGUAAAAGUGGGUGCACUUCUGCCAUGCCCUGCUCCUCAUUAGUCCCCUUUGUCCCCUAGCCACUUCCGUGCCAUCUGUAUGGACAUGGUUUUAGGUAUCUGGGUAAAACCUAGAAGCCACACAUUAGAGAAAAGCUAUGCGUACCGUAGUAUUAUUACAGGUUAGUCUCGAGUUAACUUCCCCGCCUCAGCCUCCUCAGUGCUGUGGUGCAGACAGGCGCCACCAUGCCCGCUGGCUUCAGCGUUUCCAAGGACAUGAAGUCUCCUCUCACACUGCAUGGUAGAUGUUGUAUAUAGUUGUUAAACAUUUUAAUGAACCUCAAUUUUUUUUUAUAAAUGUGUAUUUUAAAAGUCUUUAAUCCAAAAGCAAAAGUCCUUAAGCACUAGCUAUCGUUGAAAACUUAGGUCAGAAAUCUGCUUUAAAAUUUUUUAUGGCUCAUAAUGUGUGGUUUUAUCAUGAGUACUUUAAUUAGAACGUUAAAAUUUAUAUUUUAAUAAACUAUUUUUAUCAGAAACUUUGUAUUGUGUAUUGCACUUUAAAAUAAAUCAGUAUGUAAAAUA